UCACUCCAGGUUGAGGGGUCUGCAGUCGCGGGACGUCGCAGGGCGUGUUCUUGGCUGUGUCCGACCUUGACGCUGCUGCUCUGUGCUAAGCGACCAUGUCCAUGGCGGCACUUCUGCGAGGCGGUGCCCGGGGCUGCGGCCCCCUCGGUCGGAUGUUGUUGCAGGAAAUAAGAUAUACGGAGCGAAGUUUUGCAUCAAAACCCACUAUGAAUGAAGUGGUCAUAGUAAGUGCUAUGAGAACACCCAUUGGAUCCUUUCUAGGCAGCCUUUCCUCACUGCCAGCCACUAAACUUGGUUCCAUUGCAAUCCAUGGAGCCAUUGAGAAGGCAGGGAUUCCCAAAGAGGAAAUAAAAGAAGCGUACAUGGGCAAUGUUCUACAAGGAGGCGAAGGACAAGCCCCUACAAGGCAAGCCGUCCUGGGUGCAGGCUUACCAAUUUCGACUCCAUGUACCACCAUAAACAAAGUCUGUGCUUCAGGGAUGAAAGCCAUCAUGAUGGCCUCUCAGAAUCUUAUGUGUGGACAUCAGGACGUGAUGGUGGCAGGUGGGAUGGAGAGCAUGUCCAAUGUCCCAUAUGUAAUGAGCAGAGGAGCAACACCAUAUGGUGGGAUAAAGCUUGAAGACUUAAUCGUAAAAGAUGGACUAACUGAUGUCUACAAUAAAAUUCAUAUGGGCAACUGUGCUGAGAACACAGCCAAGAAGCUGAAUAUUGCACGAGAUGAACAGGAUACCUACGCUAUCAACUCUUAUACCAGAAGUAAAGCAGCAUGGGAAGCUGGGAAAUUUGGAAAUGAAGUUAUUCCUGUCACGAUUGCAGUGAAAGGUAAACCAGAUGUAGUGGUGAAAGAAGAUGAAGAAUACAAACGUGUCGAUUUUAGUAAAGUUCCAAAGCUGAAGACCGUUUUCCAGAAAGAAAAUGGCACAGUAACAGCUGCCAACGCCAGCACGCUGAAUGAUGGAGCAGCUGCUGUGGUUCUGAUGACCGCAGAUGCAGCCAAGAGGCUCAAUGUUAAGCCCUUGGCAAGAAUUGCAGCAUUUGCUGAUGCUGCUGUAGAGCCUAUUGAUUUUCCAAUUGCACCUGCGUAUGCCGUACCUAAGUUGCUAAGGGGUGCAGGGUUAAAAAAAGAAGACAUUGCCAUGUGGGAAGUAAAUGAAGCCUUCAGUCUGGUUGUGCUAGCAAACAUUAAAAUGCUAGAGAUUGAUCCUCAGAAAGUGAAUAUUGAUGGAGGAGCUGUUUCCCUAGGGCAUCCAAUUGGGAUGUCUGGAGCCAGGAUUGUUGUUCAUUUGGCCCACACUUUGAAGCAAGGGGAAUAUGGUCUUGCCAGUAUUUGCAAUGGAGGAGGAGGAGCAUCUGCUAUGCUGAUUCAGAAGCUAUAGACAAUCUGUGUUGUUGAAGGAAGCAACCCUGUGUCCAGUCCUACUGAAAUCAGUGUGACUACCCUGGGUCAGCUUAUACUUAAAAUAAGCUACUUCAUUUUAUUAUUACUUUCUAUUUUAACUUUUUGUAAUAAGAUAUAAAUGUUCAAGUCUCAGAAGCUUUGAAAUUA